AGCCGCCCGCCUCUGUCACUGGGAGACAGUCCACUUAAAUGCGGCUCCAGGGUUGCGGGGCGCCCACCAGCAUCACUCCCCGUGUGAGGUGGCAAAUGCAACAUGCUGUCCAGCUUGGGGUGUCUGCUUUUCUGUGGAAGUAUUGCACUAGCCCUGGGAAAUGCACAGAAAUUGCCAAAAGGUAAAAGGCCAAGCCUGAAAGUCCACAUCAAUACCACGAGCGACUCCAUCCUCUUGAAGUUCCUACGUCCAAAUCCAAAUGUAAAAUUAGAAGGUUUUCUCUUGGGAUAUGGCAGCAACUUGUCACCAAACCAGUACUUCCCUCUUCCAGCAGAAGGGAAAUUCACAGAGGCUGUGGUCGAUGCGGAGCCUAAAUAUCUGAUCGUUGUGCGGCCUGCUCCCCCUCCGAGUCAGAAGAAGUCCUGCUCAGGUAAAUCACGCUCUCGCAAACCCCUCCAGCUGGUGGUUGGCACUCUGACACCAAGCUCUGUAUUCCUGUCCUGGGGUUUCCUCAUUAACCCACACCACGACUGGACGUUGCCAAGUCACUGUCCCAAUGACAGAUACUAUACAAUUCGCUAUAGAGAAAAAGAUAAGGAAAAAAAAUGGGUUUUCCAACUCUGUCCGGCCACCGAAACAAUCGUGGAAAAUCUAAAACCCAACACAGUUUAUGAAUUCGGAGUGAAAGACAAUGGAGAAGGCGGAAUUUGGAGUAAGAUUUUCAAUCACAAGACUGUUGUUGGCAGUAAAAAAGUAAAUGGGAAGCUCCAAAGCACCUAUGACCAAGUCCACACAGUGCCAGCAUAUGUCCCAAGGAAGCUAAUUCCAAUAACAGUCAUCAAACAAGUGAUUCAGAAUGUUACUCACAGGGCUUCAACUAAAUCCCCAGAUAAGACUCCCUUUGGAGGAACAAUAUUAGUCCAUCUUAUUAUUCCAGGCCUUAAUGAAACCACUGUUAAACUUCCUACAUCCAUAAUGCUUGAGAUUUCCGAUGCAAUCAAGACACAGUUAGCUAAGAAUGAAACGUUGGCAUUACCUGCUGAAUCUAAAACACCAGAUGUAGAAAAAAUCCCAGCACGGGCCAUAACAGUGACACCUGAGUCAAUGCCAAGGACCACAAAACCUACUGUGUCUAGUGCACUAGACUUUUCAGAAAAAACACUAGUUCUCAGCGAAAGGACGCCGGAAAUCCUGCAAACUAUUCUAAUACCUAGGUUUGAAUUGCCCCUGAGCACUCUAGUUCCGAAAAGGCUUCCAGAAUUUCCUCAGGCAAACACACCCUUCCCCUUUGAGAAGCCUGAGGGCACUCUGGCUUCAAGUGGAAAGCCAUGGAUUGUGCCUACAAGUAAAACAUCAGAAGAUUCCAAACUUCUCUCACCUCGAACUGCCACUUAUGAUGUUUUCUCAAGCCCUGCGACAUCAGAUGAGCCUGAAAUGUCAGAAGCCCGCACAGCAACAAGUGAUCCAUUUCUGGAUUCUGUCCCACCUAAAACUUCUAGAACUCUUGAACAGCCAAGGGCAACACCGGCUCCAAGUGAAACACCAUUUGUUCCUCAAAAAUUGGAAAUCUUUACAAGUCCUGAAAUGCCACCUACAACACCUGCUGCCCAGCAAACUACGUCUAUCCCUUCUACACCUAAACGACGCGUCAGGCCCAAAACACCAAGAACCAAACCUGAAAGAACCACAAGUCCUGGGACAGUUACACCUAAAAUUCCUAAAAUCCCUGAAUCUACACAGACAACACUGGCUCCCAGUAAAACACCAUUUAUUUCUUUGAAACCUAAAAUUCCUCUCACCCCAGAAGGGACACCCACCAAACCUGCACCUGGAACUCUGGAAACAAAACCUUCAACAUUAGCUCCACCAAAGACCAAACGACCAGGUCGUCGUCCCCGUCCUAAAACCACACCUGGUCCAGAUGUGCCCAAGUCCAAACCUGUUCUGGAACCUGCUACAGUACCUCCGGAGCUUUUGGUGCCCACAAUCGCAUCAAAACCAUCCAAAAGACCUAAAACCACACGUAGACCAGAUGCACUUCAAAUCCUGCCUGAUUCAAAACCACCAAAGCAAUUACUUCCUAAACCCCAAACCCCAGCACAACCAGAUACGCCACCAACUAAACCCGUCUUUGAGCCUGUUACACUGGAGACCGAAGCUCCCUCCCCAACCAUAGUUCCUGCCACAGAACUUGAACCUGUAACUCUGAGAAUUGAGACUCCCAUGACAACGUUGGCUCCAAAAACUUCACAACGACCAAGGACACGUCGUCCACGUCCCAAACAUAAAUCCACACCGAGCCCAGCUACAUCUCAGAGCAAACUAGCUACAACAACAAAGAGACCUCGUCGUCCACGCCCCAAAGCUAAAACCACACCCCAUCCAGAAGUACCUCAGCCCAAACUGGUUCCUACCACAGUCUUUGAACCAGUUGUACUUAGAACCGAGGCUCCAGUGACCACACUAGCUCCCAAAGUGUCUCAGCAAACUCAUCAUCCACCUCCCAAACCUGAAACCACAGGGAGUCCUGAAGCCCUUCAGACUGAACUGGUCCUUGAAGCAGUCACUCCUAUGAAAGAGGCUCCAGGGACUGCAUUUGUUCCUGUUACAGACCUUGAACCUGUUACUCUUAGAACGGAGACACCUGGGACAACAUUAGUUCCUGCUACAGUUCUUGAACCUGUCACUCUUAGACCUGAGACCCCAGGAACAACAUUAGUUCCUACUGCAGACCUUGAACCGGUUGUGUUGAGAACUGAAACAUGGGUAACAACACAAGCUCCUAAAACAUCAAAACGGACCCGUCGUCCACGUCCCAAACAUAAAACUACACCAACUUCUGAAGCACCUAAAAAAAUACUGGCUCCUACUACAGAUCUUGAACCUGGCCCUCUUAGAACUAAAGCUCCAGAAAUCGUGGUUCCUCCUACAGCCCUUGAACCCAUCACUCUUAGGACAAAGGCUCCAGAAACUACAUUAGCUCCUAAACCAGCACAACGAACCCGACGUCCACGUCCCAGGCCUAAAACCACAUCAAGCCCUGAGGCAACUCAGACCAAACAGGCUCCCACUGAACUGCAAACUCUUAUUUUGAAACCAGUGACAUCACCAAGCCUAGAAAUGACACAGAGUCAACCUGUUUCUGAAGUCCUGGAAUCGAUUACAAUAAGCACUGAGUCAUCAAAGGAAGCUCUAGCACCAACUGUAACAGAUUAUCUGUAUCCCUCUGCCAAAGCACCACUCAGUCCAGAGGAACCAAAGACUGGAGUUGUGGAAUCUAUUACAAAUGUGUCUGAACCACCUGAGACCACACUAGCUCCCAAGCAAGCACCACAUGCUCCUCCCAAACCAAAAACAUCACCACAUCCAAGAAUCCCACAAACCCACCCAGUUCCAAGAGAUGUGCUCCUUCCCCCUAAACCAGACCCUGAAGUCUCUCAGAGCGAACCUGUUCUGCAACCCGUUACCUUUAGAAUUGAUCUACCAGAGACAACAAUAGCUCCUUUAGAGACACGAGGCAGCCCUUUUAUACCCAUGAUUUCACCAAGUACUGGUGAAGAGGAACUGCAAACCACUCUGGCAGAAACCGACCAAUCCACUCAGAAAUUCUUCACAACUAAGAUUCCACUAACAACUGAAUUGGUGACAACUCAGGCACCACACAGAUUGUAUACUACUCCUGUGAGGCCCAGAAUACCAGACAAAGCACACAUCAGACCCGUUCUGAAUAAGACAACUACAAGACCUAGUAGACUCAAACCCAGUAGGACACCCAAAGGGAAUGGAAUGGGAACAGGGGUCAAGCAAGCCCCAAAGCCAUCAGGUGCUGGUAAAAAUGUGUCCAUGGACUCUACCCACUCCACCAAAAAACCAGCCGCAGUCCCAGGCACUCGCCGCCCACACUUGCCACCUAGACCUGUGCCCCCACGAAGAAAACCUUUACCACCAAAUAAUGUCACUGGCAAGCCAGGAAGUGCAGGAAUCAUUUUAUCAGGCCGAGUAACAUCUCCACCACUGAGGGCCACACUCGGCCCUACUGAAGCCCCUUCAGAGAGAACAGAGACAGAUGAAAAGCAACCAACAGCUCCUGCAUCAGGAGAAGAUCUUGUUAAUAUAACUGACUUUAGCUCAAGUCCAACAAGAGAAACUGAUCCUCUUGGAAAGCCCAGAUUCAAAGGUCCUCAUGUGCGAUACAUCCAAAAACCUGAAAACAGGCCCUGCUCCAUCACUGAUUCUGUCAAACGGUUCCCCAAAGAGGAUGCUACUGAAGGGAAUGCCACCAGCCCACCGCAGAACCCACCUACCAACCUCACUGUGGUCACUGUGGAAGGGUGUCCCUCAUUUGUCAUCCUGGACUGGGAUAAGCCACUAAAUGAUACCGUCACUGAAUAUGAAGUUAUAUCCAGAGAAAAUGGGUCAUUCAGUGGGAAGAACGAGUCUGUUCAAAUUACAAAUCAAACCUUCUCCACGGUAGAAAAUCUAAAACCAGAUACAAGCUAUGAAUUCCAGGUGAAACCCAAAAACCCACUUGGAGAAGGUCCCCCCAGCAACACAGUGGCAUUCAGCACUGAAUCAGCGGACCCAAGAGUGAGCGAGCCAGUUUCUGCAGGAAGAGAUGCCAUCUGGACUGAAAGACCCUUUAACUCAGACUCUUACUCAGAAUGUAAGGGCAAACAGUAUGUCAAACGGACGUGGUAUAAGAAGUUUGUAGGGGUGCAGCUGUGCAACUCUCUCCGCUACAAGAUUUAUCUGAGUGACUCCCUCACAGGAAAAUUUUAUAACAUAGGCGAUCAGAGAGGCCAUGGAGAAGACCACUGCCAGUUUGUGGACUCGUUUUUAGAUGGACGCACAGGACAGCAACUCAGUUCUGACCAGUUACCCACCAAAGAAGGCUAUUUCAGAGCAGUUCGUCAGGAACCUGUCCAAUUUGGAGAAAUAGGUGGUCACACCCAAAUCAAUUAUGUCCAGUGGUAUGAAUGUGGGACCACAAUUCCUGGAAAAUGGUAGAUGCUACAAUCAGAAUCAAAAGUGCCUUCUGUUUUAUCAUGGCAAAAAAAUAAUUGGAAACAAUAUUUGUCACAUUCAUUUAAAGCUGUUAUGUUUACUAUGUAUUAAAGUUUAAUAGCAAUAGUAGAUGUUUAUUAGAAAUAUUGCUGAGAAUAUUUAUCAGGUUUUACAAAAUCAUUUUAAGAAAACAAGAUAUUGAC